GAGUGCAGCUGAUAGAGACGUGCAUGGCAACGAGGGCGGACAACGGCGGGCUCAUCACGAGGAGCUGCGGCGUCUCGUGGCGGGCAAGCGCCGCAUGCCUCUGGACGCGCUCUCACAUGACGACUGCAUGCGCGCGCUUGCUACCAUCAAGUCCCUAGGAGGAGGGUUUGCGGUGGAGAAGGUGGGGGCGGCACACGUGGUGCGCUCACUGCCUCGCGAGCUCAGCACCGACCAGAACGACAUCCUCCGCCUCGCGCAGGCGCGUGGGUGUGUGACCGUCGCCGACAUUCUCUCUGCCACGGCAUGGCAGCACGGCCGAAUCAACGAUGCUCUUGACGCCCUGCUCAAGGAGGGCAUAGCCAUGGUGGACGAUGGCAGUCCCGAUGGGCAACGGCGCUAUUGGUUUCCAUGCUUUGACAUCGCAGCACCGGCAUCUCUGUGA